AUGGCCGCCUCCAGUGCCGCUGGCUGGUUUGGGCGCAGCCAUCACACUGUACGGCGACGUCGAGCACGCCCCGCCCCUUCCCGCUCUCGCCUUGUUCGCGCGCUAACAAAAGUUGAGAGCCUUGCCGGCCGCCGUAGGCGGACAGAGUCGCCGGGCCAGCCUUUGAUGCUGCAGGAGGAGAUUACGGAAGUAAAUACAAUUUUCAUGACUGCGGGCCAUUCAGAACAAAGGCCGGUCAGUGCGGGGUUUUGUCCUUGGAGCGGGGCGUGCGGGGGGGACGCGAGGACGCGGAGCCGGGAGGAACGCGGGGGUCCCCAGGGGCGCGCGGUGAUGGAGGCGGCCGGAGGGAUGCAGGAGUCGCUGACAUUCUGGGAUGUGGCCGUGGAGUUCACGUGUGAGGAGUGGCAGCUCCUGGCCCCUGGUCAGAAAGCCCUCUACCAAGAGGUGAUGCUGGAGAACUACAGCCACCUGGUGUCCAUUGGGGAUCCAGUCAGCAAACCCGAUGUGCUGUCCAGGUUGGAACGAGGAGAACCGCCAUGGACCACGUUAGGCGAAAGCCACAGUGGAAUGUCUUCGGAAAUCCGGAAUGUUGAUGGUCACCUGCGUGGGCACCUGCAGUAUGGAAGAAAGUUAGACAGCAGGGAUCCACUCUGUGAGCCGGCUGCAUUGGGAAACCACGCUAUCUUUGAGCCCCUUGAAAGCUGUGUGAAGUCAGAAUUCACUUUGCCAGCGGUCCCUCAGAGCGGAGGUGGUGAUGUCAAGAACUUGGACGAGCUUUUCGGAGGCGAGCAAACCUUGCUGCGCGAUGACCGUGAGCAGUUCUACCCAGUGGUCAUCAUGCCCGAGUGUCAGCCCGCCAGCCACCCGGACUCCCCGCUCCCUCAGCCUCAGAAAACCAGGCACCCCGAGACCCCCCACGUGUGUAACAAAUGUGGGAAGACCUACACCAGGAAGUCCUGGCUCGACGCGCAUCAGAUCGUCCACGUGGGACAGACACCUUACAGGUGCCACCUGUGUGGAGAAACCUACUUCAAAAAGUUCAAGCUCAUCGAGCACCAUCACACGAGCCACCAAGGGCAGAAGCCCUACAAAUGCCCGGACUGCGGCAAAGCCUACUUCCACCUGUCACACCUCCACUAUCACCAGAAAACCCACAUGGCUGAGAAGCCUUACAUGUGCAGCCAGUGUGGGAAAGGCUUCAUUCGCAAGCGCGACCUGGCCGUGCACCAGCAAACUCACACCGCCGAGAAGCCCUUCGGGUGCAACGAGUGUGGGAAAACCUUCAAGUACAAGACCAGCGUCAUCGUGCACCGGAGGACACACAGUGCCGUGAAGCAGUACGUGUGUCCUGAGUGCGGGAAAGGCUUCAACCACAAGACCAGCGUCCUUGUCCACCAGCGGACCCACAGCGCCGAGAAGCCCUAUCGGUGCCAGGAGUGUGGCAAGGGCUUCGCCCAGAAGAGAAGCCACAUGAUUCACCAGCGGAUUCACACGGGCGAGAAGCCCUACGGGUGCCAGGAGUGUGGGAAAGGCUUCAACUACCGGGAGAGCCUCAUCUUGCACCUGCAGAUCCACACCGGCGAGAAGCCCUUCGUGUGCAGGGCCUGCGGGAAGGACUUCAACAGGAAAGGCAGCCUCAUCAUCCACGAGCGUAUCCACACAGGUGAGAAGCCCUACGUGUGUCCCGAGUGUGGCCGAGGCUUCAGCCAGCGGGGCGGCCUCAUCACCCACCGGCGCACCCACACCGGCGAGAAGCCCUACGUGUGCACCGAGUGUGGCAAGGGCUUCAACCAGAAGCCUUGCCUCGUGGCCCACCAGCGCUACCACACGGGCAGGAAGCCCUUCUCGUGUGCCAGGUGCGGCAGGUCCUACUCGCAGAAGUCCAGCCUCAUCCGGCACGAGAAGAUCCACAACGGGGAGAAGCCCUUCCAGUGCAGCGACUGCGAGAGCGCCUUCGAGACCAAGCGCGAGCUCUUCCUGCACCAGGUGGUCCACACGGGACAGAAGCUGUACAGCUGCGACGAGUGUGGGAACGCCUUCGCCACGGCCUCUCACUUCUACCUGCACAAGAAGAAGCACCAAGAGGAGAACCCCAGGGAAGCCAUCAAGGUGGAGGAAGAGCCGUGCGCCGUGAGCCAGCCGGCGCCUCUCAUCGGUGACCUCUUCCACGGGGAGAGCCCCGUGGGCCCGGUGACCGCUGUGCAGGUGCCGCCCGAGGCCGCUCAGACCUCUGUCCACAUCAGGGAGCUCCUGGCCAGCGGGAACACGGUCCUCGUGGGGCAGUCGGCUGCGGGAAGCGAGCCGGCCGGAGCCUUUGUCCCACAGGGAGAUCUGAUGGACACCGUCAAUGUCGUGCCUGUGAAUGUAGCCAACAUGGCAGUGCCUUCCAUGUCCAGUUACAUCCUGUUUUACGUCCCACCAUACCUGUAG